AGAAACUGUCAUUUGUGUCGGUGAGAUUUAUUACUUUUGUUGUGUGGAUAGUGUUCUGCACUUAUUUAUUUUUUUUGUGGAAUGAGAAAUGAUAUGUUAUUAACACCAACUGUUUUUAAGUUAUUAUAUAUUGCAAAACAAUCAAAAUGGUUUCUAUAAUAAAGAACCAAUUGUUAAAACAUUUAUCCAGAUUUACAAAGAAUCUGUCAGCAGAUAAAAUCAAUCUCAGUACAUUUAAGGGUGAAGGUGAACUUUCCAAUUUAGAGUUGAAUGAAGUAGUUUUAAUGGAUUUAUUGGAAUUGCCAUCAUGGCUAAGUUUGAAGCAGGCGUGGUGCAACAAAGUUACUUUUCGAAUACCUUGGACAAAGCUAAAGAGUGUGCCAAUAUGUCUAAAUUUGGAGGAAGUGCAAAUAGUCGUAGAGACAUGUGAAGAACUUCGAAUUCCUUCAAUGCAUUUGGGAAAUACAAAUGCGGGCGUUCCGGGAAAGUACAGCUUUAUUCAUAAAGUUAUUGAUGGAAUAACUGUAAAUGUUAAUACAGUUAAUAUUUUAUUUUACAGUCCAGCCUUUUCUGCAUCCGUUCAGAUUACAAGAAUAGUAGUAGACUCAAAAAACCAUAAAUUUCAACCAUCAGAUCUUAGAAUGACACGUUUGAAAAAUCAAGCCAAGGGACAGAUAUUAAUAUUUAAAGAACUGAAGUGGGAUACUGUUAGGAUUGAAGCUAAAUCUACUAAAGAUAAAAAUUUAACUCCUUUAAGACUAAUCAUUAAUGAAGCUAGAUGUAGGAUUGUAAUAAAAAAAAGAUUGUCUGAUUCAUUUAUUUUGGGUUCAAGACUAGCAAUCAUCCUGAAUGACUUAAUGUGGUUUUUCACUGAUUCACAAUUGAAAGCAGGACUAUAUUUUCUCGACUCUUUGACUGAUUUAAUUCAGAAAUCGACACAGAUUACCAGAAGGACAAAAGCUGCUCGAAAAUUAGAGGAACUACCAGAAUAUCAAGCGCAGUUACUACAAGAGGGUUUAUCUGAUGUUCAGGAUAAGAGCAAACUUUUUGCUGCUCAUGAUGUUAUCGAAACUUCUUAUCACUUGAUAUCACAUCAAAUAAUGUUACAUCUAAGCGACGAUCCAGGAGCUGGUCGCUCGUCUUAUCCAAAUUUGAAAAAUGGAGAUGCUCUGCAUAUUAGUUUGAACAAAUUUCAUAUAGAUUACUAUCCUUAUCAUCUUGCAAAAGGUAAUAGAAAACAUUGGCUAAAAUAUAAUUCGAAUUUUGUGCCACAUGCUUUAUGGCAGGAACAGGCUUUGAACUCCUUUAAAACGAGGCUAUUGAAUCUUGUAGAUCAACAUAGACCACUACACACUCCACUGAAUAGACCCAUGAAGAAUCCAGAUAGUACUCCACAAAGUCCAGAGUUAAAACCUCAAGCAAAUAAUGAACAAAAAAAUAGUAAGAAAACGGUAGAAUUGAAAAUAGCAAAGCUAAUGACAAGUUGUAUUGUUUUACGAAUUGAAGAUUUUACUAUCUACAAAGUAACGUCUUCACAGAAGAAAGGUCUCAAAGAAUUUAUUUUUGCUCAGCGUAAAGGAAAGGAUAAAUGUUAUCAUACAGGAGACAGAAGUCAGUUAUCGCUUCCAGUAGAUUCGAACAUUGUCCAUGCCGAAUUUACGCAUUACUAUUAUCCUAGCGAUGUACCCUUUCCUCUUCCUCCUCCCAAAUUCUAUGUUCAGUUGAAUCCUAUUUCUGUAAUGUUUGAUAUUGAUACAUGCCUGUGGAUAAAUUCUUUCGGAUUAAAUCUCUUCCAGUCUCUUUCGAAUGCGAAAAAUGAAGAAACAAUUUCAUCGUAUAGUUACAUGGAUAUAAAAAUUGAAGCUAUUCUUCCUAGGAUAAAUUUUGAAAGUGCUGCUGACCAUCCAAAUCAAAAAGAUAGACCGAAAUGUUUGAGUUUUCAAGUGACGAGAGCAACCAUUACUAAUAUAAGAAGUUUGGAACAAUCUUCCAGAGCAGAUCUAGCCAAGUGCGUAGAUUCGUUUCAUAUGGGUUCUCUAUUCUUUGGUUCGGAAUUUCCUUCAAAACCGAAUGAUUUUUAUGUAGUUACUCAAAAAUUUAUUGAUCACAUAUCAACAGUGGAUAACAUUCGAAAUGUGCCGUCUCAAAUUGAUUCAUCUGUCACAGAGGAUUGGAUGAGCCUUUUUAGUAGAGAAAUGUUGUGGACAGAUGCCAAAGAUGUAUGGUGUAUAAGUCUCGAUCCUGUGUGGGGCGAUUUCAAUGGGGCUAGAGCUAUUGGAAUUUCAAAAUCUGUGCCAUUCUUAGAUGCUUUACCAGUUACUAUUUGGUUACAUACUCAUAUGGAUCCCAAUUCAACUGUUAAACCUUCUGAUAAUGCUGGAGAAUUCACACAGAUUGAUGCUGAUAUUCAUGCACUAGUGUAUAUUACUAAUUUAGUUAGCAUCCAAAUUAACCAUUAUCAAUAUUUGUUUUUAUUGAGAUUGGCAGAAGAUGCUGCAUUAUUAGCUACAUUUUUGGCUCUAGACUCUGAAAGGAUAUUGAAGGUUGAAAGCAAUAGUACUAUUGCAAUGGGUGUCCUUAUACCACAAUUAGAAAUUACUUUUGUAAUGCCAUCAAAUUCUCCUGGAAAGGAAUCCUCUGGAGGUGAUAUAGAAUCUGUAGUUCCAGACACAUCAAGUAUAGCUGAUGACAUGUACAUAGGAUCAACACCAUCUGUCUGGAAAAAUAGUACUUCAUCUAUAACUCAAAUUGGUGGAAAUAAGAGACCAAUUGCAAAUGGCUCUUCUUCGUGUCAAAUGGAUUUACCCACUAGUAAUUCUUCAGAUUAUUUGCAAACGGCAACUGGAAAACUUAGCCAAGAAGAACAGACUAUGUUACUCCAGCAAAAAGGAAAUUUAAAUUUACAAACAAACAUAAAUAUGGGAUUCACAUCGAUGAAGAAAGGAUUCACAAGUCUGAUGUCAUCUAUCGAUAGUGCUUUAAAACCUAGUCCAGAUGAUCUCAGUGAUACUAUGUCAAUAAGAAGUGAUGUUUCAAGUGAUUCUGAAAAAUUCGUACAUAUUAAUUGUGAUUUAGAUAUAGCUGGUGCAGAAAUAAUUUUUGUAGUUUUCGAAUUUUCUGAGAGGAUAGAAGAAGCUUCUGAAGUUUUAGAAGAGGAUAAUACCUUGACCACAACAAGUGAACAUUCUGUGACUAGUACUAGUCGUAGAAAAGACUUGGUUUCAGUAUCAACGUUUAAGCUGAAUAAAAUAGAAUUUGUUUACCAGUCAUUAGGAUUUCAAUCUUCCAUGAAAAUACAACUUAGUAAUUUAUUGUGUGAUGACUGCUCUUGCAUAUCUUGGGAUGAAUUACAGAACAAAUUUGGCACAAGAUCUCGUGUGUGGACUUGUAAUCCUCCAAGUGACUUUAGUACCCCCAAAAUAAAAUUACGUUUUGAUCAUGAUUUGGUAGUUAUUAAGUCUGAUAUGUUGGGUAUGGAUUUGACAAAUAGAGAUACGUUUGCAAAAUUAUUCACAGAUUUGAUUACUAUAAAUGUUACGGAUUUGAUAUUAAAUCUUAAUAUGAGUACCGUUACAGGCUUAGCAGAUCUUAUAGAGGAUGAGAUUAUACCUAUUCCCUUCCCAAUAGAGAUUACAUUAGAUAAUGUAAAAAUACAUUUAAAUGAAGACAGACCUCCAGUUAAUAUUACGUCCCCAGGGCCAAUUCCAAUAGACUUAAAUAUUACUAAUAUGUUCAUAACGAGAACAGAAGAUGGUGUAUUCAAUUUGUUCCCUUCGAUCAAGGCAGUAUCUCCUAAUAAUGAUGAAUCCGUGAAGAAAGAUUUAGUUAAAGUAGAUAGCAUAACAUUAAAUAAUGAAGAUAUGAGAAGACUGAUGACAUUUGAAAGGAUAUCUGAAGAGAACCGUCUCCUUCGUAAAUCAAAAGAAGAAAGUGAUAAAGAAAAAGAUUUAUUGCGAGAAUAUUUGAAGAAAUGCCAAGAUGAAGUGACUCGACUGUUGAAUGAAAAGCAAAAUUUAUUAGAUGAUAUUAAACGAAUGCAGCAUCAAUGGACUAGUUCUAAGAGAUAGCAAUGUUGUUUUAAUUGUACAAAGUGUUUUUGCAAAGAUAAUUCUUCUGCGCAGUAGUUGUGUAUAACAAGGUGCUCAUGUGACUGGAUUAGUCAAAAUUGAUGUCAGUAUAUGUUAAGUAUAGAGGUGUUAUUAGAAUAUUAAAACAAGAAUACACUAAUUUUAUAUUAAAGAAACUUGAGAUAAAAGGUAUUUGAUAAAUACAAGAUUGGUGUGUUAGUCUAA